AUGCAAACUGAGAACGCCUUCAACUCCCUCGACCGCCAGGCUCUCUUCGAUGCAAUCGAGGGACGUGCGAGUCGCGACUACUUUGAUGGGAGCAUCACUGAAGGCGCAAGCUUGCCCUCUUGCGAGCAUCUCCGUUUGUUCGCCUCCUACCUCUCCAGCUACUAUGGAGACUCUGCUGACCUUCGACUCUUUCACAAAAGUCAGUCAGCCUCCGUUCAGUGUACCUCGGGCGUCUGUCAGGGCGAUGUCCCCUCCAGCGUGUUUUUCUGCCACAUUCGAGUCUUGGCCUAUGCUGACAACGUCGUGCUUGUCGGUCCACUCGAGGAUGCCGUUGCAGCUACGUCCGCUAUGAAGAAGUACAUGGUGGCCCUGCCGCUGAAGAAGAGCCUUAAGCGCCGUCUCAAGACUCAACUUCUUCACUUCGAGGUCGUCACUGGCGGGAUUACACUUGGCGGCCUGCCUAUCGGCACGGAUGGAUUUCAUGCUAGUCAGCUCCGAGCGAAGGUCUCUACCCUCAACGAAGAGCUCUCAAAGCUCGGGCUCGUCCAGCAUGGCUUCAUGUUCAAGACGCUGAAGCUGCGCUUCUUCCUCCAGGGGUCAUCUCCGUUUCUCCCGCGGGUCCAAUCACAGAUUCGUCGCUUUGACCUCUCUGUCCACCUGGCGCUUGAGAAAUACCACCGCUGGCCUUCCUCGCAGUACCUCGCCGCGCAUCCCGACCUGCUAGAGUUUGCGAGGUUCAAGCGGGAGCUUCCGCAUAGUCGGGGAGGGGACGAGUUCACGCCCUCUGAGGGUCUACACCCCGCUGUUUACUAUACGGCUAUCGCUCGCUUCCUCGCUUGGUACUCUGACCAGCCCAUGUCCCGGACCUUGCCCUCUCCUCAUAGCCUGGACGUUCACUGCUCGAGAUCUCUCCGUGCCCAGAAGCAUCCUCUGGCGACCUUCUUCGUUGAGGCGCACGACUUCGUUCAUAAUGCUGGAGCGAUCCUCUACCGUCGUGUCAAGGCUCCUGCACCGGCUGCAGAUGGCGCGGCGAUCCCACCUGCCCCGGCUGCUGUGCCUGAUGACGCAGGACGCCCCCCGGCAUCUGUGGUACACAUCCCUGGUUUGCGCGCUCUCGUCGACUCGUCUCAUGAGCACUUCAUUCCUCCCCCUGCGCAGCGAAAUGUGACCCCUCUUGUCAUGCGCGUCUUCCCUCGCCAUGUGCAUGCUCGCGCUGCGCUGACCGAUCAGCAGCGUGAUAUCCUCACCUUGCACAGCCGCAGGACACACUCGCUCAAGUCGCAGGAUAGGGUCUUGCAGUCUACCAUCUUCGCUCAUUUUCCUGAGCGAGACCUGAGCCACUCUCCGAUGCGAGUCUCGAGCUACUACCCCCUCAAGGCCUUCCCGCACCGCUAUGCUCAGAUGCUCGACUGCUAUCUCCAUGGCAUGCCGAUCUGCCAGUGUCCGACGGAAUGUGAUGGAUGUCAGCGCGAGCUCGAUCCCUCCGUUGCUGCACAUCAUCUCCAGACCUGCAAACGCCGAUCCUCCAAGCUUCCCACGGCGCAUGACAGGCGGACACCCGGGCAGCGCCGGCUCCUUGUCGGCGGCUGCCCUUUCUCCGUCCGCGGCCGCCCGCUUUGUGGCGGCAGCGGACGUCUCGACUGA